AUGACGGUCUCCUCUGAGGCCAUGACAGUUGUUGAAAGCAUUCUCCGUCGCUUCAAAGACCGCAGUGGUAACUUUUUCACGCACCUGGAGAUCCAGAUCAUAUUUUUCUGGCACACGUACCAAGCCAUGGCCGGGGAAACCAUGGAUGCAGCCGUGCCGAUGAUGAUCACUGGUGUAUUGACACCUCAUGCGACUGAUAUGGAGCUCCACGCUCGAGCCACAAAGGCUCUUCGCAAUGAGAAAGAUCGCGAUAAUCAAGCUCGAGCUUCUGAAUACAACGAAAUGACACGCCGGCUCACUGCCAACGGCGCUGAACUACGGCUAUGGGAUGCCUUGGCCCCUAGGACGAUGUUCUAUUUCAGGGCCGCGAAUUUUGCUGUUGCACAGAUACCACCUCUAUCAGCAUCGACACCUACCUCACCAGUUAGAGGAACUCUCAAUAGAACACCAGCGCAAAUCACUCAGAGCUUCGUCGUCCUUGGAGAAGCUUCUCCUACCCCGCCGAAUGCGAUGGAGGUUUCUCAAACGGACACGCGAGUAGAGCAGCUCGAGGAAGCGAAUUGUCUCCUUACAGAGAGACUUUUUUAUUUGGAAGAUGAACGAGCUCAGUUUCAAGAGGAAUGGGAAAUAAUGGGGCGCAAACUCAAUGGGUCGGAGGCAGAGAAUCGGCGCCUCAGGAAUGUAUUGGAAGCAUCUUUGCAAAUCUUUACGGAACCAUGGGAUGCACUCAAGGACGGUUAUGGAAGUUGA